AUGUCCGACACUGCAAUUCAUCCAGGUGAUAAACCAGAAUCAUCAUCCUCAUCAUCAGUAUCAUCAAAUGUCGAAGUUGGCAGUAAGAGGAGUGCUGCUGAAGAAUGUCAUGACAUUGAUGGAAAGGAUUCCAAGAAGGUUAGGACUACUGAGGGAGAGGACUUUAUCAAUGAGAUGACCAAACAGUUGGGUGAAGUGCCACACAAGGUCAUUGAAACAACAAUUCAAGCCAUCAACUCUGGUGUCGAGUAUGUCCAACAUAGUCUACAGCCAAUGAUUGAAAGGAGCAAGGAGAUUGGUGACAAUAUCCAACAUGUUGCAGUCGAUACCUACAACGCCACGUGCCGGAAGACCGAGGAGUUUAGAAAGGAGGUGCACGACAAGGCCGCCCACCUGCUGGAGGCCGCUGAGAAGAAGGCCAGCGACAUCAACGCCAGUGUUAAACAUUCGUUUGAGAAUGCCAAGGAGUCCAUCGUCGAGGGUGAGAAGAAGGCUGAGGAUGCUGCCGAACAGAUAAUCGAUGCAUUGGACAAGUCGGCCGAAGAGGAUGGCAAGAAGAAGGUGGUGGAUGCAGUGGCAACAGAAGAGGUACCAAAGACAUCAUCAUUGGAGAAGGAAACUGUUGCACCUCAAGGAGAUGAUGUGGCGGCCGAGUCACAUGAAGAAGAGGCUGAGACCGAGGAGAAUGCUGAUUCCGAGAAGACAUCUGCUGCUCCCAAGAAAGGUAGAGGUAAGGCCAGAAACUAA